CCGUGGAGGGUUCGUGCGGCAUCGUGGUCGAAGAUCCCGAGCUCGGCUCAUACAUAGGAUAGUGAAAUGGUCUUAUGAGGAAGACAGUGUGUGGCGUCUACGCGACAGAGUUCGGCAAAGGCGAGUUGCCGGUUUCGCUCGAGGGCGGCGAUCUGUUGUUUCAUCGUUUCCUGGUUACGGCGAUGGGAGAGCCUUGUUCGGUACGGAUGCGUAAACCUGGGUUGUUGGCUGCCUGCUCCUCGUAGUGUAAACCAAAGUUCAUAGAAAAGAAAAUCGACGGUCUCGGGUCCAUCUAUAGAGUCAGACCGGCGCCGG